AUGCCGAGGAAGCACCUGGGAUCACCAGAACAAGCAAGUUUCGAACUGCCGUCUUUACCCCCAUGGAGGACGCCCAAAAUCAAAAUAUUACACCAUACUCCCAGCAAAGGGCGCUCGCUGCUAGACGACCGCGACAUCUUCGACUCGCCUAACGAGCCUGCCAAGGACCCUGAAACGCCAAACCAGCAGCCUAAAAACACAGACGUGUACGAUUUCGCACCGUUCAGUGACAAGAGAAUGCUGGCAGUCAGCAAAACCGACCAAAUGCUGAGCUCCGAAAGUGCGACGCAUUGCCUGGUCUUCCAUAAAGACAAACACAAACACAAAUGCGCGCGCCAGGAUUUCAGGCCGGACCUGAAUCUGUGGUGCUGCGAUAGCUCCGAGGACGAGGACGAGCAAGUGUCGUUGAGCGAAAGCGACAGCCACCUAGGUUCCACAACUGGCCAUCUAUUGCCUACAGAGCGUCCCAACGUGCGCAGACUGGACACAGGUGUGUCUACGGAAAAAAUCGCACUCCGACGGUUCUGGAAUGGCUCGGACGCGAUGGACGUGCUGGAACCAAGUCAACUUCACGAUAUUUACUCGGUUCUGCAGCAGGAACAGGAGCUUAUUCACAAAUGCGAACGACAGAUCCAGCAAAACGAGCAUGUUUCGCCAGGAACCGAGGUGGAUUCUUACAAAUGGCUUCGAAAAUAUUGCCAAGUGGUCUCGGCCAGGGACGCUUGGAUGUGGACAGAACCAGACCUGAGCGGUGCGCGCACGGGCGGUGGUGGUGGUGUUCCUAGUAGUAGUACCAGCGCCGAUUACGUCGCGGCUGGCGCCAACACCACGUGA